CGCCGCAAAACCAGUCUGAUGAAAAAGUCUUUCAAAUAUAGCAAGAUGUGCGGCGCAGAUAUCUAUUUAGGCAUAUGCAUAAGGGACACUGGUCAAGUGUAUAUCUUUUCUGCUGAUGCUUCAGGAUUCUGGGCAUUUGUUGGAUCUAAAUUGAACUGCUAUUAUCCACCUCCAAGCCAAGUUACUGACAGGGACUUCAGUAACUCA